AUGGUUCAGCAGAAACAGUUUGAAGAAGUGGUGGAUAAAGAGCUUGAGAUCAAACCAUCGACGAGCGAACUUAAACGAGCGCUUUUGACAGCUUUGAGAUGUGUAGAUCCUGAUGCAGACAAGAGGCCGAAGAUGAGUCAAGUGGCUCGAAUGCUUGAAUCAGAUGAAUACCCUGUGAUGCCUAGAGAGGAACGAAGAAGAAGGAGAAGUCAAAACGCAGAGGUGCCUAGAGAAAACACAGAGACGAAUAAGGAUGAUAUAAUAACAACAGAUGCAAGGAUUUGA